CCGGCUUCCCCGGUCACCUACGGCGGCUGGCCUUCUUUGUAGCCUUGGCACCGUAGAGGUGGAGGAGCUACAUUGGUCGCAUCCGCUCUCCCUCUGUCCCCUUGCCCACCUGCCCUACUUUUGUAUUUGAUCUGUUUUGAUGUAGGACUUCAAAGCACAGCAAUGGGGGGGCGGAGCCUGCGGAGCAGGGAGCAGCGCGCGUGCGCACAACAGACGCCGCGCGCCGGAAGAGCACUUCUAGUCCUGGCUGCGCGGUGAAAGCGCUUGGGUCCGGGAGGGCUGGGGUGGCGGCGCCGGAGGUCGCCAUGGCUACCGAUUCCGAAGCCGCGGAGCCGGCGGUGCCUUCGCUCGUGGAUCGGUACUUCACUCGCUGGUACAAAGCAGAUGUCAAAGGAAAAUCUUGUGAGGAUCACUGUAUACUACAGCACUCUAACCGAAUAUGUGUCAUCACAUUGGCAGAAUCUCAUCCAGUUCUUCAAAGUGGAAAAACAAUUAAAAGCAUUUCCUAUCAGAUCAGUACCAACUGUAGCAGACUUCAGAACAAGGUCUCUGGGAAAUUUAAGCGGGGGGCACAGUUUCUAACAGAACUUGCACCUCUCUGUAAGAUUUACUGCUCAGAUGGUGAAGAAUAUACUGUAUCUAGUUGUGUUAGAGGACGUUUGAUGGAAGUGAAUGAAAACAUUCUCCAUAAGCCAUCUAUUCUUCAAGAAAAGCCAUCUACCGAAGGCUACAUUGCAGUUGUGUUACCGAAAUUUGAAGAAAGUAAAAGUAUAACAGAAGGGUUACUGACACAAAAACAAUAUGAAGAAGUCAUGGUGAAACGCAUUAAUGCCACAACAGCUACGUCAUGAGGAUUGACAUGGAGCAAAAAGCAAGGCGGGAUUCUUGUUACCUGGCCUAAACCAUCUGUGCACUAAAGGAAAAGAAGCAGUAUAUGCAAAGCAUGCCUAACCGCCAGCCGUAUGCAGGGGAGGCCUAGUGCUUCACUUAACUUCAUUUUCUCUCUCUGUCUUGCAUAAUGAGCCUUGAUUCCCAUUUGCCUUCAGCCUGCCAGAUCUGGCUGCCUGUGUACUCAUGCUGUUCUCUUGCAUCUAACAACUGGCAUGCAAGGGUUUUUUUCUGAUUAAAAACAAACAAACAAAGCUCUUUGAAGAAAAUUUAGAAAAUACAGAGAAGUUUUAAGUAGCCAAGUAAAAAUAAUUUACCCAUCAUCCCAUAAUCCCAAAGUAAAUACAUCUGACCCUUGAACAACAUGGGAUUGAACUGCAAGGGUCCACUUUUACAUGGAUUGUUUUUAACUAUAAACGAAUCAAAAAUAUAUCGUUAACAAACAAGAAACUCUCUUACAGAGCAGCUUCAUAUACUCAGGUUCUGAAGGGCCAACUGCAGGACUUGAGUUAUGUGCAGAUUUGGGUAUAUGUGGAAGGUCCUGGAACCAAUCCCCUAUGUAAACCAAGGGAUAACUAUACUGCAUUUUAACUUACUUCUGUUUGAACAUUAUGAUAGAGUUAUUGCUUUUGCCUCACUUGCCUAUCAGUUUGAAGUUUAAAAAAACCUAAUCCACCCUUCUUACCCAAUCUGCUAUAAUGUGUCUACCAAAAAGCCUAGUCCUAGCCCAUCUGCCUCAGCUCUUCUCCCUUUUAGGUUAUAGGGAAGAGACUGGAGUGUAGAGUAUAUUAUAUCUUCUGUCCCCCUUAUGCCAGCAAGAUGGCCUUCGCCUCUGAAACAAAGUAAAACUGUAACACUAUGACUUCUUAAAUGAAGGAUAUGUGAAGAGGCUAUGAAAAAUACAAAGGCUUUUCUAGGAAAUGUGUUAUAAUAUAGUGGAAAGCUAAUUCUUGAAAUAUGCACAACGUAGUCACUCAGUCUCAAUACUCUACCAGCUAAGAAGUUACUGAGAAUAUGUCAUUCAAAGGCAUAGAAGCAUAGAAGGCUCUGAGUGGAACAAAUGCUUUCACAUCAUUUAAGCUAAAAAAAAAAAAAACUAUGAAUUUAUAGUUUAAGGUUGAUUUACACUGAAUUUCAAAUAAAAGGACUAUAAAACCUAUUUUUCUGUAAGGGCUGUAACAUAUUUCAAUAUCCCUGUUUUUUUAGUAAAAUACAUUUUUAUAUAGAAGAAA